AUGGAAGACUCUGCAGCAUCUAUACCAUCGAUAUGGGCAUCCAUGAACAGCUGGUUCACUCCCACUGUCCUCUUCGUCUUCCUCAACCUCAUGAUUGGAACCAUUCUCUUCACCUCCAACUUACCCAACCAUAAUAAACCAGAGGAUCAAAAGGAGAAGUCCCAAAACGACACGACUCAAUCUAAACUUGCCAGAUCUCCAUCCAUCCUCCAUCGUAUCAGAUCUUUCAACUUAUACCCCCACAGAUCCCAACAAGACUCCACUCCGGUGACCCACCCCCAACCCCACUCCCACCACCAACAACAACCGGAAGAAACUCUAGAAACUGCUGCUACAGAAUACGUCUUCAAUCACCCUUUCCCUCAUCACCAGGAUGUCCAGCCGGUUUCUACACACACAGACAAUUUGGAUCUCAACCCAACCCGUUUCGACACUUUCGAACAAAAAGCCGACGCCGACGCUGCUCAAUAUGCUGAUUUAAAUCAUACGAAUGAGAUACAACUCGCUAAUGUGGAGACCCAUUUUGUAUUUGAACAGAACCACACCGUGGAGCGGGUGACUACCCAUUUCGAUUUCGGUUCGGUCGAUGGUGAAACCCUACUCGAUACGGAUUCGAUUGAGAACCAUGAGGAAGAAAAGGAUCAGUUUCAGAGUAUAGAUGAGGUUUAUAGCAGUAUAACAGGAGGACAUGUUAACAGAACAAAGUCCGACACUUUGCCGGCAUCGGGUGAGUUGCCUGUAAAACUACCGGCCAAGAUGAAGAAGUCGGCAAGCUUGAAAUCUGCAUUCUCUCAUUUCGAGGAGGAAAAGAUAGUGGAGGCUCGUCGGCCGGCGACCGUCAGGGAGAGGAGGUCAGCGGCUAGGGCGACGGAAACGGGUGAUGUGGAGGUGGACGCCAGGGCGGAUGACUUCAUCAACAAGUUCAAGCAUCAGCUGAAGUUGCAGAGGCUGGACUCCAUUAUCAGGCGACUUGUCCUUCUGAACACAUACAUAUUUGUACAAAUACAGGUUCUAUAG